UCUGAUCCUACCCUAGAGAGACAUUUUAAGGGUCAUAGAGACACUGUGACGAGUGUGGACUUCAGCUGCAACAUGAAACAGAUUGCCACAGGCUCUAUGGACUCUUGUGUGAUGAUCUGGAAUAUGAAGCCUCAGAUGAGAGCCUAUCGCUUUGAUGGACACAAAGAAGCUGUAAAUUCUGUUCAGUUUUCUCCAUCUGGCCACCUGGUGGCAUCUGCCUCCAGAGACAAGACUGUGCGCCUUUGGGUGCCCAGCAUGAAGGCUGAUUCAACAGUGUUCAGGGCUCACACUGCCACUGUGCGCUGUGUUAACUUUUCUGGUGAUGGACAGAAUCUGGUCACAGCAUCUGAUGACAAAACCAUCAAAGUGUGGACAGUCCACCGACAAAAGUUUCUCUUCUCUCUUAACCAGCAUUUCAACUGGGUCCGCUGUGCCAAGUUUUCUCCGGAUGAUCGUUUGAUUGUGUCGUGCAGCGAUGAUAAGACCAUCAAACUGUGGGACAAGAACAGUAGAGAGUGCAUUCAUUCUUUCCUUGAACAUGCUGGUUUUGCAAACUAUGUGGACUUUCAUCCCAGUGGAACUUGUAUUGCUGCAGCUAGUACUGACCACUCUGUUAAGGUGUGGGACAUCAGAUCCCAGAAGAUGCUUCAACACUACCCUGUUCACAGCGGUGUUGUAAAUGGUCUGUCUUUCCAUCCUUCUGGUAAUUUUCUAAUCACUGCAUCCAGAGAUUCUACAGUGAAAGUGCUGGACCUUGUAGAGGGCAAAUUAUUGUAUACACUGCAUGGACACCAGGGUCCUGUUUCUUGUGUGGCCUUUUCUAGAACAGGGGAGUACUUUUCCUCUGGAGGUUCUGAUGAACAGGUUCUGGUCUGGAAGAGCAACUUUGACUGUGUUGAGUGUUGUGAAGGUGUCAAACCGCAACAUAAACGUGUGGCCAGCUCUACAAUUCAUCUCCCUCUUGAUUCACAUCCAUCUGUUCUCCACAGCCAGAGCUUUGAACCAGCAGAUCCGAUGAGCAGAAAGGACUCUCAAACUACUGCUCGCUCUCAAAGUUUUAGCCGUAAUGGCAGCCUCAGCAGAGCAGCUCACUCUUAUACUCACAGAGAUCCCACCAUCAGUUCAUCAUCCACCCAGCAGAAUCAGAGCCAAAGUUUACCACAGCCUUCACACCAGGAUCAAGCACAGUCCAGUGCUUCAGAUGGAAGGGUUCCCCCUGGUCUAGCAAACACCCUGGAGCACAUCAUGGGUCAACUGGACAUUCUCACUCAGACUGUUUCGAUCCUCGAGCAGCGGCUGACGCUGACAGAAGACAAGCUCAAGGAGUGUUUGGAGAAUCAAAUUGACAUUGGACUACAUCUUCAGAGGAAAGGGGAAGCCUAAGGAUCGAAGAGAAGUUGACGAUGGUGCAACAAAGGUGGCCACAUGGACAUUAUAGACAUAUAGGCUUUUACAGUCGCACCUUAAAUAAGAGGCCUUACAUAUUGAGCCACACGUUCACAA